AUGAAGGUCGAAACUAUUAAAUUCCAGCAUCAUAUGGAUAAUAUUAUAAAACAGAAUAAUGGAUCAUUAUUAGUGAGUGGGAUCAAAAAAAAUUUUCAGUUUAUGGACUCAACUGAAAAAAUUAAAUCAGGGAAAGAAAGUGAGCCAAUUACAUCUGCUGUGAGCAGGAUAACAAAAAAUGACGGGAAAUGUCUGUGGAAGAGAUCAUUAUGCAAGAUAAAAUUGGAGCGUCAUCAGCUAUUCUUGUAG